AUGGGUCAUUGGAGAGAUUUCUUUAGUGCUGACCGUGGCAGGACUAGGCAUCGCCUCGAGGUGGAACGUCGCCGGCUACUCCCUGCCUAUGCCGCCGAUGAACCCCAGUCCUCCGUUGCUUCGAAGGAAAUUGCAAAAGUUGCCCUUCGGUUGAAGUAUCAAAUCGAGCAGGUUGUGUCUUGCGAGGUGGAGGACAGUGUCUUGACCGACCCCAACAGUCGCAUCAUCACGGACGACGUGGUUGCGACCGCCAAGCAGGCUGGUGGUGACGACUAUAAACGCUGCGUGGUUUAUUGCCUUCUUGUUUGUCUGCGCUGGUUCCAAAUUCAAUCCAACGUCGAGCUUUGGGACUCAGACCUCCAUCAGGUUCGAGCUGUGGCUUGCGAGGUCAUCGCCAAGCGCAUUAUUGAAACCGAGCAUGACCAAGAUGUCUUGUUGAGGGACAUUCUUCUCAAGAGAUAUUCCAUCUUCAGUGAAGGGGUAGAGACCGACCCUGCCAAUGUUAUUGAACGGGCGGUAGACCUCCAUGCCUUGAGGGUCAUCAGUUCCUCUGGAUAUCAGAAAUGCAUUCAAUAUCUUUGGAGAGGAUGGAUCUGUCAGGAAGAGGGCAACCCAACUAACUUUGUUGAAUACAGCGAGAAGUCAAACACCGACUAUUGGGUUCAUUUCCAUCCUGAUCGAAUGAGGACUCCUUUGUAUCAGAGUGUCUGCCAGAUUCUGUUCUCAUUGAUUUACCUAGCAGUCUACACGGCAGUUAUCAAUACGGUGAACCCAUCCGGUAACUUAGAUAUCGGCGAAGGGAUUCUUUACGGUAUGACUCUCGCUUUCAUCAGCGAUGAGGCGAUCAAGUUCUGGAAGGUUGGACUGAAUUAUCUCGAGUUUUGGAACGCCUUCAAUUCAACCCUAUACACUAUACUUGCAGUGUCGCUCAUCUUACGCUUCGUUGCCCUUGCGCACUCAUCAUCCACCCAUGAUGAACAAAGGCAGUUUUACAAUGAGCUCAGCUACAACUUCUUGGCUUUUGCGGGCCCUAUGUUUUGGAUGCGCAUGAUGCUCUAUCUGGACUCAUUCCGUUUCUUCGGUGCCAUGUUUGUGGUUCUCCGCGUCAUGAUGAAGGAGAGCUUAAUUUUCUUUGCUCUUCUUUUUGUGGUCAUGGCAGGCUUCUUCCAGGCCUUCAUCGGCAUGGCUCAAGUGGAAGAUGACGUUGCCAUCCACAGGAACAUUCUUCAGGGAAUGAUCAACAGUAUUAUGCAGAGUCCUGAUUUCGACACUUUCCAGGAGUUUGCGUGGCCAUUUGGGAUUGUCUUAUACUAUGCUUUCAACUUCAUUGUCAUGACUAUCUUGUUGAAUAUCCUCAUCGCGUUGUAUAACAGCGCAUAUGAGGAUAUUUCUGGAAAUGCUACUGAUGAAUACAUGGCUGUUUUUGCGCAGAAAACCAUGCAAUUCGUUCGGGCUCCAGAUGAGAAUGUCUUCAUCCCACCAUUCAAUCUCAUCGAGAUCCUAUUUCUGGUAGCCCCAUUUGAAUGGUGGCUUUCUCGAGAGACCUAUGCUAAGCUGAAUGACCUUAUCAUGGGCGUGAUAUAUUCCCCUCUGCUUCUCGUUGCCGCCUGGGUUGAAAAGCGUCAGGCGCACCGCAUUCAAUGGAACCGUCGUCGUGGGGAAGAAGACGAUGACUGCACGGAGGAGUGGGAGCAUGUGGCUGCGGAGGUCAACUUUGAUCUUGAUGAUACUUGGAAGCAGCAGGUCGUGGAGUCUACGCCAGACAUCAAGGUCGAUAACUGCACAUACGAACUCAAGGAACUGAAGGAGCAAGUCAAGAUAUUGACUGAGAUGGUCAAGCAAUUGACGGAGGAGAGACUGGAGAAGAAGAAGCUGACGGCGUGGAGAAACCACAAAAAUCAAUUGACAAAAAAGAAAUCUCAGGAUCAGUUUUUAGGAAUAGCCGAACGCGGGGGUCGAACCCGCAGCCUUAAGAUUAAGAUCUAUAGGGCAAAGCUCGUGGAUGACGCCCAGAUCCAGAAUGCCUCAUUGCACAACCCACUCCCUUGGCAGUUACAUACAUACGUCUGGCCGUUCCUGAUUAUUUGGCCCGCGUUCUUCGCCUUUUACCUCUCGCCCGAACGGUAUGAUACCUAUAUUCAGGGACAGGAAUGGACCUUCGUUUGGUCGGGAUCAAUCAUCACGAUCCAGUCGCUCUUUUGGUUGAUGACCAAGUGGAGUAUCGAUAUAAAUACCCUCUUCACUACUACUCGCGCCAAGUCCGUCGAUUCUGCCCGGCUUAUCAAGGUGAUCCCGAUCACCAACGCUGGCUCUGCUGAGAUCUGCGAGUUGAUCCAUGAGACCACCGGCCAAAAGAAGACUCUGUCUUUCCUGUUCCAGAAGCGCCGUUUUCUCUUCUACCCUGAGACUCGCACAUUCGCACCUCUGUCUUAUGUUCUCGACUCCGACCCAAAGCCGACCCUGAAGACUUUCCAGCUUACUGAGGGCUUGACCGCGAAGGCUGAGAUUGACCGCAUUCACCACCACUAUGGAGAUAACACUUUCGAUAUUCCCGUUCCCAGUUUCCUUGAGCUCUUCCAAGAGCACGCUGUGGCACCGUUUUUCGUGUUCCAGAUUUUCUGUGUUGGAUUGUGGAUGCUGGAUGAAUACUGGUACUACUCGCUCUUCACGCUGUUCAUGCUUGUUGCAUUCGAGAGCACCGUUGUGUGGCAGCGCCAGAGGACAUUGAACGAGUUCCGUGGAAUGAGCAUCAAGCCUUACGAUGUCUGGGUCUACCGUGAACGGAAGUGGCAGGAGAUUACCAGCGACAAGCUUCUUCCUGGUGAUCUCAUGUCGGUGAACCGCACUAAGGAGGACAGCGGGGUUGCAUGCGAUAUCCUCCUGAUUGAAGGCAGUGUCAUUGUGAACGAGGCCAUGCUUUCCGGCGAGAGCACGCCUCUCCUGAAAGAGUCCGUUCAGCUCCGUCCUGGUGAUGACCGGCUUGACCCCGAUGGAUUGGAUAAGCUUUCAUUUGUGCACGGUGGUACCAAGGUUCUGCAGGUCACGCACCCCAACGCGAACGGAGAUGCUUCUUUGAAGAACUUGGCUAGCAAGGUCACCAUGGCCCCCGACAAUGGUGCUUUGGGUGUGGUUGUUAAGACCGGUUUCGAAACCAGCCAGGGCAGUCUUGUUCGGACCAUGAUCUACUCGACGGAACGUGUUUCUGCCAACAAUGUGGAAGCUCUGUUGUUCAUCCUCUUCCUCCUGAUUUUCGCAAUUGCCGCUUCUUGGUACGUGUGGAAAGAGGGUGUGAUCCGGGACCGCAAGCGAUCCAAGCUUUUGCUGGAUUGUGUCCUUAUCAUCACAAGUGUUGUGCCUCCUGAACUGCCCAUGGAACUGAGCUUGGCUGUGAACACUAGUCUUGCUGCUCUGAGCAAGUUCGCCAUUUUCUGCACUGAGCCUUUCCGUAUCCCCUUCGCUGGUCGUGUUGACGUGGCUUGCUUUGACAAGACCGGCACCCUGACUGGUGAGGACCUUGUCGUCGACGGUAUUGCCGGUCUCACCUUGGGUGAGGCUGGUUCGAAAGUCGAAGCCGAUGGUGCUCACACCGAACUCGCCAAGCCCGCCGCUGCUGGACUCGACACUACUCUCGUUCUUGCCAGUGCUCACGCUCUGGUGAAGCUGGAUGAGGGGGAUGUCGUUGGUGACCCAAUGGAAAAGGCUACUUUGGAAUGGCUCGGCUGGACAUUGGGCAAGAACGAUAUUCUCUCCCCCAAGGCCAACGCCCCGACCAGCAAUGGUCGCACUCUCGAGUCUGUGCAAGUUAAGAGAAGAUUCCAGUUCUCCUCGGCCCUGAAACGCCAAAGUACCAUUGCAACCAUUACGUCAAAUGAUCGCAAGACCUCCAAGAAGACCAAGGCUACCUUUGUGGGUGUCAAGGGUGCCCCCGAGACUAUCAACACCAUGUUGGUCAACACACCUCCAAACUACGAAGAGACUUACAAGCACUUCACACGUAAUGGCGCGCGCGUGCUUGCUCUUGCCUACAAGUACCUCUCCUCGGAAUCCGAACUCUCCCAGGGCCGAGUGAACAGCUACGUCCGCGAAGAGAUUGAAUCCGAGCUGAUCUUUGCUGGUUUCCUUGUCCUGCAGUGUCCCCUGAAGGAUGAUGCUAUCAAGGCUGUCCAAAUGUUGAAUGAGAGCAGCCACCGUGUUGUCAUGAUCACUGGUGAUAACCCAUUGACCGCUGUCCAUGUCGCACGCAAGGUCGAGAUUGUUGACCGUGAGGUUCUCAUUCUUGACGCCCCGGAACAUGACAACUCUGGAACCAGACUUGUCUGGCGUACCAUUGACGACAAGUUAAACAUUGACGUCGACCCUACCAAGCCCCUCGACCCGGAGAUUUUGAAGACUAAGGAUCUUUGUAUCACCGGAUAUGCUUUGACGAAAUUCAAGGACCAGAAGGCCCUUCCUGAUCUGCUCCGUCACACCUGGGUCUAUGCCCGUGUGUCUCCCAAGCAAAAGGAGGAGAUCCUUCUCGGUCUUAAGGACGCUGGAUACACCACUCUGAUGUGCGGUGAUGGCACCAAUGACGUUGGCGCUCUGAAGCAAGCUCACAUUGGUGUCGCGCUCCUGAACGGCUCGCCGGAUGACCUCACCAAGAUUGCUGAACACUACCGCACUACCAAGAUGAAAGAGUUGUAUGAAAAGCAAGUUGGCAUGAUGCAAAGAUUUAACCAGCCUGCUCCUCCGGUCCCCGUCCACAUCGCCCACUUGUAUCCCCCCGGUCCCACCAACCCGCACUAUCUGAAGGCCAUGGAGCGGGAAGCGCAGCGCAAGGGUAUCACUGCCGGCGCCGCCGAACCUAUCCCGACCAUCACGUCUCCCGGUGCCCAGGCUUUGCAGCAAUCGAACUUGACCCCCCAGCAGCGGAAGCAGCAGCAGGCUCAGGCAGCCGCGGCCGGCCUUGCAGACAAGCUUACCUCUUCCAUGUUGGAAUCGGAGCUGGAUGACAGCGAGCCUCCCACCAUCAAGUUGGGUGAUGCGUCCGUUGCUGCUCCGUUCACUAGCAAGUUGGCCAACGUUAUUGCCAUCCCUAACAUCAUUCGUCAAGGUCGUUGCACCCUGGUUGCGACGAUUCAGAUGUACAAGAUCCUUGCCCUGAACUGUUUGAUCAGCGCCUACAGUCUGAGUGUUAUCUAUCUGGAUGGUAUUAAGUUCGGUGAUGGACAAGUCACCAUCAGCGGUAUGCUGAUGAGUGUAUGCUUCCUGUCUAUUUCCCGCGCGAAGUCUGUCGAGGGUCUGUCCAAGGAGCGUCCUCAGCCGAACAUCUUCAACGUGUACAUCAUUGGAUCUGUUCUGGGACAAUUUGCUAUCCACAUUGUCACUUUGAUCUACCUGUCCAACUAUGUCUAUAAGCACGAGCCAAGAGACUCCGAUAUCGAUCUCGAGGGCGAGUUUGAACCUUCCCUCCUGAACAGUGCCAUCUACCUCCUCCAGUUGAUCCAGCAAAUCUCCACUUUCUCGAUCAACUACCAGGGCCGUCCCUUCCGCGAGUCGAUCCGUGAGAACAAGGCCAUGUACUGGGGUCUUGUCGCCGCCUCCGGUGUCGCAUUCUCCUGCGCCACGGAGUUCAUCCCCGAGCUGAACGAGAAGCUGCGUCUUGUGCCUUUCACCAACGAGUUCAAGGUGACGCUGACCGUGCUGAUGAUCUUUGACUACGGUGGCUGCUGGUUGAUUGAGAACGUUCUCAAGCACUUCUUCAGUGACUUCCGUCCCAAGGACAUUGCCAUUCGUCGUCCCGACCAGCUCAAGCGCGAGGAGGCCCGCAAAUUGCAAGAGCAAGUUGAGGCUGAAGCUGAGAAGGAGAAGCAGCGAAAGAUCUAG